AUGGCGCCAGUUCGAGGAUUUAUGGUGCCUGCCCUCAGUCCUAUUUUCACACGAAUGAAGAUGAUGACUGAGAGUGAGAUUGAUGAAGAUGCCUGUGAUGAUGUUCACGAUGCUGAAGAUCCAUUUCUCGGUUUAACCAAAAAUCAACGGGUUGUUCUUUACACGCUUUAUUUGUGUCUUGGUGAAGAUGGAUUUAGUGAUGAUGCAGAAUAUGAGGACACAAUGGGAAAUAUUAAUGUAAUGAAGACAAUGAAUGAACUUCGAAAGAAAGGACUUAUGGAUUUAAAGGGGGACAAUCUGCAGCGAGUAACAAGGUCCUACAAGAAGAACUGCAUUGUGAAUGACAUAGACAAAGACUUCUUUCUAGAGGUUGCCACCCCUUAUUCUCUGUUGUCCUAUACAGAUGUGUAUCUUAAUUACUCUAGUCAAUCUGGACGUCUGACAGACACCAGUCGAAUUCCAUAUAUGAGAAGGACGAUGCAGGAUCACUCACGAGAAAUAGUUUAUCUGAAAGGUACACACAUGUUUUGCUUAACUGAGCUGAAAACUUUGCUAUAA